CUUUGUAAUAACAAUUCUUUGAUAGAAAAGUCAAAGUCAACGCGCCUCUCCAGUCUGUGUUGUUAUCAAAACGCUGUCACCUGUUUGGUGCAGCAGCUAAAUUUCACACGCAAUUCAUAAGAACUCUUCUUCAGAUUACAACGGCAAAAACAUUUCAUUCAUAUUACUAAUUAAUAAUCCCCAGAAAAAAAAAAAAAAAAAAUUCUCGACGGAAAAUGGUAGCAGUUGGAGAUGAGUAAAUCGAAAAGCUUCCUCCAUAAUCUUAUCAAGCCCUUCAAAUCCCACUCAACACCAGACGAAAACGAAGUGGAUUUGCAGACAAUUGCAGCAAAAGAGCAGAGGAGUUUCUCUUUUCAAACCCUAGUUGCGGCGACCAAGAAUUUUCACCCUUCUCAUAAGCUUGGUGAAGGGGGUUUUGGUCCAGUUUUUCGGGGAAAAUUGGAUGAUGGGAGAGAAGUAGCUGUGAAGAGGUUGUCGCAGAGAUCGUCUCAGGGGAAGCAAGAGUUUCAGAAUGAGGCAAAGCUUUUGGCGCGUGUGCAGCACAAAAAUGUGGUGAAUUUGCUUGGUUACUGUUUGCAUGGUGAAUUUGAAAAGCUUCUUGUUUAUGAGUAUGUGCCUAAUCAGAGCCUUGACAAGCUUCUUUUCAAAUCCGAUACACGAGAGUUACUCGACUGGAAACGGAGGCUUGACGUGAUAACAGGCACAGCAAAGGGAUUGCUUUAUCUUCACGAAGAUGCUCCGUGUUCCAUCAUACACCGUGACAUCAAAGCCAGCAAUAUCUUACUAGAUGACAAAUGGGUGGCCAAGAUUGCCGAUUUCGGACUGGCCCGUCUCUUUCCCGAAGAUCAAACGCAUGUCCAAACACGUAUAGCUGGCACUAAUGGUUAUAUGGCACCGGAGUAUCUCAUGCUUGGGAAUCUUUCUAAAAAAGCGGAUGUCUUCAGCUUUGGAGUAGUUGUUCUUGAGCUAAUUAGCGGACAGAAGAACUCGGCUUUCAACCGAGACCCUGAUUGUCAGAGCUUACUUGAAUGGGCAUAUAAGUUAUACAAGAAACGCAGAACCUUGGAAAUCAUGGAUCCCUCAUUGCUGGCAUCAGCAGACAGAGAGCAGAUAGCAAUGUGUGUGCAGAUAGGUUUACUCUGCGUCCAAACAGAAUCGCAUCUACGGCCAGACAUGGAUCGUGUGGUUGCGAUCCUCUCGAGAAAACCGAGCAAUCUCGAGGAGCCCACCAGGCCAGGUUGUCCUGGAUCGAGGUACAAAAGACAUCACCGCCCUAAGUCUUCUACCGGCGGUGCUGCCACGUCAUCAGUUACUGGAACUUCUGACGUGUCGAGUUCUGGUUCGUUUGGGUCCACCACAGGUACGCAAACCGCCACGUCAUCUGGAACUCGAUCGAGCUAUACGGGCCCACGUGUUGAUGGCCCGCCACGUGGAAAGCGUCCUACCGUGAAAGAUUAAGGGCAUUUCGUUAAUUAAUAUGUGGCGGGUGAAUAUAAUAUUUUUUUGUACAUAUGAUGUAGUUGUGGUUGCGGGUAUUUUUUGUUUGUUGAUAGAUUUUGGUGCGAGGGGGUGAUAUAGAUAUUGAAUGCCUAAUUAUACGAGCGAUUAGCUUAGAAAUUCGAUUAUUGUUGCGCAGUAGAAAGAAGAUUGAUUUGGAGUAGAGGAACAUAUGUACUUUUUGGUGUCAAAUAUGUUGCAUUUAAAUGUUAAUUUUUUUAUUUUUCUAAUAAAUAAAAAAGCCUUUUGAAA